AACAAAUAAUUGAAAAGAAAAAAAAAUUGCAAUUAUACGUAGAGACAAUGUAGAAAACUACUUUAUCGUCAUCGACGUAUAAGCGUACAAUGAUUUAUAUUUAACAAGAAUUUGUGAUUUAGAAAAAAAAUGAAAUGGAAAGGAAGAAAAAUAUAUAAGGAGAUCGAAUGAGUAAAAAAAAAAAAGGAAAUGAAAAAGAAAUGUAUCGUUCAUUUUCACGAAGAUAGGAACAAAAUGAAUAGUAUAAAUAUUGUAUUCUAAUACGCGCCAUUAUCGAUUGAUAAUAGAGUGAAUCGAUAUUAUCGACAGAGUUAGUAGAGAGUUGUUCCGUACGAGGACGCUAGUGUACGCUGGUAGUGGGGAGCAAGCGAGUAUCUCAUUUCAUUCGCUCGCCAACCGUCGAGCGAGGUGUCACGCGUCUCGUCGGAUGAAUAUUUUCACGUCGCGUCCUUUUCGUCCGUUCGUUUUCUAUCCGUGCGUUGUUGUACGUGUAUAAUAAAUGCGUACGUGUAUUUGUAAUAUCGUUACAGUGUGAUUAGUACAAUAUCAAGAACGAUCGAAGGAAAUUAUUAUCAUCGAAAGUGACACACAAGUAAAUAGACGCAAAGAUAUACACCGUAGAUCGGACACAAACGCACGCACGCACGCACGCACGCACGCAGGCACGAAAAAAUCAAAGAAGAAAUCGAUCGAUCAUGUAUCACGUUUGACAAUCUUUGAUGUUACUUUGAGAGUGGCAGAAUGUCAACUGCGGGUAAUAGUGGUGGGGGAGGUGGGAGCUGUGGAGGUGGUGGUGGAGGAGGUGGGGGAGGAGGAGGAGGAGGAGGAGGAGGUGGUGGUGGUGGUGGUGGAAGUGUCAGCGGCGCUUUAAGUUUAAUGGGCUGCGUCAGAGAAGCUUCUCCACCACCCCCAAAUCAUCAUCAUCAUCAUCAUCAUUAUCAUCAGCAUCAUCAGCAUAAUCAGCAACAACAGACUCGUGGAUUUGGAAUUGGCGAUUUAUCGUCAAACAGUAGCGUCGAUCCUUUACCCAAAGAACCAAAAAAACGUCGUUUCCAUCCGCUAAGGGGAUUGAGAAAAAUUUUUCGAAGGAAAAGCCGUGGCCCGGCUGAUGUACGUUUAGUAUCAGCACCAGGUACGAUCGGAAACGGAGAACGGGAUAGUUCGGAAUUGGCACGGAUCCCGCGGGAAGAUGUUACAAUAAGACAUCCUGCUGGAAGGGCCGAAGAAGCACGAAGUAGAAGUGCCAGCGAGCUAUUAACAGACACCUGCGAUCACGAGAGCAGUAAAAGAAGUUCAAUUUCUUCAAUUACUUCGAUUGGACUAUCAUCUCGAAGCUAUAGAUUGGUUACCCCGGUGAAGCCUCGAAGGUCCUUCAAGCAUGUAUUUCUAAGAAGAAAUGGAACCGAAGAUUCUUUCGUAAAGUUACGAGGUGGUACAGGGAAAUUGUCAGUAUCUCACGACAGUGUUUUCCCAGGGGAGGUGCCAAAUACUCGUCCUCUUUCCUCAUUGGACAGUCUACCAGCCCUCGAGCGACGACAAGAGAGGAAAAGCAACGAGAUCGAACACAAAGACUAUGCACCGUACGUAGUACAAAGGCACAGGAUAUCCUUACGAGUACUCGAGCAAAUAAAAACGGUCAUAGAGAAUCGGAAUCAGCAGCAACAACAAUCAUCGACAAUUUCAUCUGACAAUUCAAAUAAUACGUUGCAACAGACUGCUGGAGAACGUUAUCAGCAGGAAACCACCGAGCAUCAUUUUGGAAAUUACGACAAACCUGAUAGGGGUGCGAACGAUGAGAGCCAUAUCAAAGUCACCAAACCCGCGAAAGAAAAUGUCGAGAGGACAGUUUCUACGGUGAAAGAGGAUUUACCUCAAUUCGAGAGUGCCAGCUUGAAUCAUACGGCAGCCCUCCAUAGAAUUUCGGUAAGGCCGAAAAAUCGUCGGCCACCAAGACGCGCUCCAUCAACGAUAAACAAGACUGCAACGUCAACGAUAACGACCAUAGUCGAGGAUACGAUGGACGAUUUGGAUCAACCAAAGUCACCUAAAAAUAUCAUCUCGUCCAGUUCCCCAAUAGAAUCGAAAAAGAAUGUAAUACCAUCGGUUACACGUAAACCUUCAGCGAGGACAUCAAGAAAUUCAGAUGUGUUCGAAGGCCUAGAAUCACCACAAUUACAACCACAAUCUCAACAACAGCAACAACAGCAACAACAACAACAGCAGCAACAACAACAACAACAACAACAACAACAACAACAACAACAACAACAACAACAACCACCACAACUUAGACUACCUAAAAAACCUUCAAGCAUUGCGUCCUUGUCACCUGACAGUCUGGACCCACCUAAUGUAACAAGGACAACUAACAUUGAAUCCAGUGAUGAACAAGUUGAUAUCAGAUCAAUCGCAAGGAGAUCAUCCAAUCGUAUAUCAAAAGGAUCAGAUGUAUUUGAAGAAUUGGAAUCUAAGUUACCACGUAGAAGAUUGUCAUCUAGUAGAUCAUCAAAGUCACCCGAUAGCUUGGAAGCUAGUUCAUUUUUAUUCUCCAAGUCAACCGAUGGAUUUGAUAAUUUAAUAGAAUAUGAAGAAACUACGAAACCUUUAGUAUCUAGAAGACUGCUAAAUCCUAUAUCAAAAUCAACUGAUCGUAUAUCUAAAUCUUCUGAUAGUUUAGAGGCCAUUGAAGCUUUGACCAGUGAUGAUUCAAUAGAACGUAGAAGAAGUAGUUUUGAAUUUCGUGGUAGGAGAACAUCAAAAUCAAUAUCAAAAUCAUCAGAAAGUUUUGAAAUACUUGAUCAAUGUCACAAUGGUUCAGAUAUGAUUCAAAAAGAAUUACAAAAGAGAAGUAGUAUAUCUGAUAUGAAUCUUUCAACUGGUAGAAGACUUUCCAAGGGUACAUCUAAAUCUACCGAAAGUUUUGAAAGGAUUGAUACCUGUGAAUUUAAAAAUGUUGAACAUUAUAAAAAGGAGGAUGACGAAGAUGAGGAAGAACGUGAAGAGGAAGGAAAAAUUCUUCGAAGAAGGACAAACAAAAGAAUGUCUUCAGAAAGUUCUGAUAAUCUUGACGUUGAUGAUAGAUUAGAGAAUAGAAGAGUCAGACGUAUACCAAAAAGAGUACCAAGUACAAGUAUCAUUGAUAUCGUACCAACCGAUAAUAAUAAAGAUGAAAGAAGAUCUAUUAGAAAAUCAAGAUUACAGAAAUCAUCUGAGAGUUCAGAAUUAGGUAGUACGGAUACAUUGGAUUCUGAAAGAAGGAAUAAAUCAUCAGAGAGUACUGAAACAUUGGAUAGUUUAGAAAAAGACGUGGAACAGGAUAGAAAAGAAAUGGAAAUAACUGAUAACGUAAUGGAUAGACGUGAUAAGAAUGAUUCUUGGUCCAGCCGAAGUAUGACGACGGAUUCGGAUCAGACAUCUAUGGCAGACGGUACAGAGGAUUCAAAAUCAUUGAUAUCACCAGAUAAAUUCUAUUGGCGUCAAUCGUCAGAUACCAAGGAGAAUAUAGAUAUACAUCAAUUAUUGGCGAUUACUAUAGUUACACGUAUGGCUGAUAAUGGUAAUAAUCAACGUAGUCCAGUUAUUUAUCCAAAGAAGAAACAACAGAUUACGACUUCACCUCCGACUUCGCCCGUCGCCAAACAAGAAGAUAACAAAAUGAUUUUUGAUAAUCUUUUAACGAGCAAGAACGACGAGGAUCUUCAAAAUAUGUUAAAUGGAAACAUAUCGGAGGUCUCAACCGAUACUAAAAGUUUUAAAGAAAAACUUAUAAUGUUUGAGAAACUUGGAAAGUAAAAAAAAAAAAA